CUGAGCCGAUCAAUAUAUACAUAUACGCGGAUAUAUACACAAAUUUUCAACCCUUCGUUUUAGCCAAAACCCAGAGCUUAAACACUUCUAAAACCUUCCCCUUCGUUAGAGGAAUCCAACGAAACAAGAACCGUUGAAAACGAACGUCGGAGUAGGGAGAAAUCGCUCGCCGGAGUUUCGUCGGGCUAACCUUCACGACGGCAAAAGGAGAAGAAGGAGGAGCUGCCGCCGACGCCAACCCAUCUCUGACCUUCACCGUCCGAGAAGGAGUGCUCCGCCGCCGCCUUCUCACGCAUCCGUCGAGUUCCCAAUCCAGACGCUACUAUGGAUGACAGCCGUGUGCUCCUUGCCGGUGGGAUCGGGAAGAGGAAGAAGAAGAUGAAGAGGAAUCCAAAAGUUGAUUCACCCACCACUGCUGCUCCUUAAUCCGAACCGGCACCGACCAUUCAGCAAUCGGAGCCUAUCCAGCAAUUCUCCGGUCAGGAUCAUUUUGACGCUAUGAUGAUCGAUGACCGCUUCGGUUCUGAUCAACUGCAUCAGGUCUCCCAACACUUCGACUCCGUUCAGGGGGAACCCUCGAACGUAUGUGGGACUCAUACCGACCAUAUUACUGGCCAGGUCGAGCGGAUCUCUUUAUCGGAUCCUGUUCACGAGGUGUUAGAAAGGACUGGUUCUACUGCGAGCCAGAUCUGGUCGACAUCCUCAUGGUUUAACAAUUUCUCCCUUCCCCAGUUGCCGGUCGAGCAAUCUGAAGAAUGCUUGGCCUUGACCGCUCUGAAGAUGGAUUUGUACACCCUGCAAAUGCGGGAAGCCCGCCUGGCCAAGGAACGGGAACUAAUUGUUGCUCAAUCUUCUGCUGAGCAAACCGCCGCUGCCGCCAUUACCUCCCUGGAAGCCGAACGGAAGGCUUUUGCGGAGGAAAAACAAAGGCUGGACGCUGAGCUUGGUACCCUUCGGGUCCAACUUGCUGCUUCCCAAGCAAAGGUCAUUGCUGCCGAGGCCGCACAGAUCAAGUUUGAGGAGAUGCCUUCCAGUAUCCCGGACAGCCCCUAUGAAGUGAAUGUGGACCUAUCCGCUGUCCGGGAAACAUUUAAAUCCUCUGAUGAAUUCUCCAUCAUCAAGGACGAUCACGCAAGGACCCAAAUCCCGUUCGCCUUUGGAGCGUACCUGGAGGGUUUUCCUAAAGGUGUUGGUCGGCUCUCGGCAGGGGUGGCUCUUUUGGACAAGGAUCCUGAGGCCAAGAAAUGGAAUGACUCCAUCGUUACAGAUCUUUAUGCCAAGAUCGGCCAGGUCCUGCUGCGUCCCUUCGUCGCUCAACUUCAAAACAAUCUUGGAAGGCCAGUUCAGGCUUCUGAUCUUCCCCAGGAUGACAUUAUACAAGCUCAAAUUGAGAAAUUUCAGCGAGGUCAGCAACGGGAAGCUGAUCGGGCUGCUGGGAGAGAGCCUGAACCCCCGUCUGAUGAUGACGAAGACGAAGAUGAAGAUGGAGAGGAAAUGGCCCCUAGCCAAUAAUCUAUAUGCUUACUUUUUAAUUAAUCAUUGUAAUUCUCCUUUCUCCAAGUAGCUUGUACUUCCCUGUCAGUAGAACCGAUGAAUACAGAUCUUUUUUAUUUUACACAAAACACCUCAUACUGUCUUUUUUGUGUUUAUUGAAUGUUUGCUCACCACUCGGGAUUCGGCCCGUUUUGUAGGACAAUCAAUUUUCUGACUUUAUUUUCUACUUAAUACUCCUAAUGUCGUUCGGGCAUUGGAGGGUUCUGAUAAUUUAUCAAGGAAAAAUUCCCUUCUUUCUGGGACUUAGCCAUUCGGGCUUCAGAUCAUUUUUUAGGACUUAGCACAUUCUGGUCUCAGAUAAUCUUUUACAACGUUAAUAACCGGUCGGGCUUCAGAUCAAUUCUUAGGACUUAGCCAUUUUCUUGGUUUUCUUCGUAUGUUGGUAGCCGUUCGGGUUUCAGAUCAAUUUUUAGGACUUGGCACAUUUGAUUUCAGAUAACCUUUUACGACGUUGAUAGUCGGUCGGGCUUCAGAUCAAUUUUUAGGACUUAGCCGUUUUCUUGGUUUUUCUAACCAGCAAGUCCCUGUGAUCUUUGCUAAUCCUCUGCAAGCCCGUAUGUCAUUCGGUAAUCGAUGAUCUAACUAGAUUUUAGCCAUUCCCCUGUGACCUUUACUGUUCCUCUGUAAGCCCGUUCGGGGUACGUGCACAAAAAUGAACCAUAAAUGCCCUAGAUUAAUCGUAACCAUUUAAUGCCACAUGUUGCUCAUGGAUUAGGGAUUUGUGCGGCACUUUCCCUAUUUAUAGAGAGGUGCUUCCCCUAAUUUCUCCUGUUGUUUUCUCACUUUUCUUUCGAGCUUUCUCUCUCUAGAAUUCCCAAGAUUCUCUUGCGUACUUUCAAGCCUUCUCUCUCUAGAAUUCCCAGAAUUUCUCCAGUGUUUUUAUGUAUUACCCCUCUAGCUCAGAAUCUGAAGAGAUGCCGUUGAUUCGCACAAGUAAAACAUCCGCUGGUAACAAAGCCGGAGGCUCUUCUUCCCAAACACCUAAACCCGCCAAUCCUCAGACAGGCAAACACACCGAACAGCCACAAGAUGAUGGAUGCCUAUCAGGUGAUGACGUCCAGGUCUAUAACAAGGGGAUGCCCGAGCGGCCACCCCGCAUUCCCCUACACUUCACUCGUAUCCGCAAACAAAAACAACGCCUCCCAGAAGAUAUCAAACGACAACUUAGCCAGUUAUUGCCCCCACCAAGGGAAUACUAUGCUGGAUUCAUUCGGGACCCGAUGAGGCACCGACCGGGGCACGUGCUAGUGCACCUCGACGCUCUGACUGCUGGGCUUCGCUUCCCUCUCCAUUUGUUCAUCGUGGAUUUCUUACGCCGGGUUGCUGUACUACCCGCUCAGUUCGUGCCCAACACCUACCGCAUUCUGACAGGCUUCAUCAUUCGGUGCCAUGAGUUGAGGAUCACUCCAAGCGUCGAUCUGUUCCUUCACCAUUACUGCUAUCAGCCUUACUGGACGACCGGGUACCUAAAGCUGGUAGCUCGUUCUGAUCGUCAGCUGUUCACAGAGAAUCUCACUCCGUCGGCUGAUUGGGAGGAGCGUUUCUUGUUUGUUCGGGUAGGUGAUUCUCUACCAUUUCUGGAUAGGUGGAACGCCUAUCCCGUUCGGGAUUCUCAGCCCAGGGUAGAUGCCGUUCUACGCUCCCAAGCUGAAUCUUUGCGGAUGGGAGGAACCCGAAGUCUUCGGAGUUUUGUCACUACCUCUAACAUGUUAUCUGCCGGAAUUGGUAAGCAUAGUAGGGUUCUAACCCGAUCGUCCUUCCUUCUCACAAUUCAGCUUUUCAUCUCUUAUUCCUCUUUUUUGUAGGUGUGAUAUCCCCCAUACCCGUCCGGCGAUCUAUCUCUUCUGCUACCCUGACGGCCUCUUCUGGUAAAGGCAAAGAGAAAAUGAUAGCCGAUCGUGCCUCUGCGGAGCAAAUUCGGAAGAAACGCAAGGGGAAUGAUGGUGAUCAACUGAUCCCGAUCGACCAUGUGGUUGACUUGACCGGGCCGGAGGCUGAACCCAAAAGAUCGGUGCCUGUCAAAACAUCAACUCCGGCUCUUUCUGAUGCACCGAUCGAUGAUCGGAUGUUUGUCGAAUUUUCAAACAUGGGGCCCAGAUCAGAAGGGAGGUAUCUGUUCGGGUUGAUGCCAUCUUCUAUGUGGUGUCACACUGCAAUCAAGGUUCCCCCGAGCUUCACGAACCUGACCCACUGGUCGGAUCUUUUCGAAGCAGGUCACCAGGAAGCACUCAAGGUACACCUCAUUCCGAUCCAUGCCUUUCUAUUCUUCAUGUUUUACCUUAUCUGACUUUUAUUGUAAUCUCGUUUUCAGGCCGGUGUAUACUAUCACAAGGCCUUUCUUGCGGCCGAGAAGGAAAUGAAGGCCCUGGCCAGCGAUCGGGAUGACAGCCAGGUCCUUCUUUCCGCCACUCGGAAGUUAGCGGCCGAUCUCCAAGAGCAGGCCAAGGAGGGUGAGAAGGCAAAAGCUGCUCUGGCUGAGAUGCAGGAGAAAUCCCGUUGUCGCGACCGGGAGAUUAAAGAACUCCGGGCCAAGGUGCGAGCUGCUGAAUCUGCUGGGAUCAAAUUUGAUAAAGUUGUUGGCGACCAUCUGCCCGAACCUUACACGGUCAACACUUCCCAGAUUGCUCAUCAAUCGAUAGUGGAUUUUCAACGGGGCAAGGGGCUGAACGUCGCUCUGGAGAACACGGCUCGGCAGUUCCUGGGUCCUCACCUUGGUCAAUUCUUACGUGAAAGCGAAGAUCCCAUCAAGGCAGGGAUCGAUCUCCUGGACAGCACCCCGGAAGGGAAAUCUUUCUUGGAUGACCUGACCGAGAAAACUGUGAAGCAAAGUCAGGACCUGCUUCUGGAUAGGAACCUUGACUUGAUCCUAGAGCAUUUCCCCAAGUCGUUUGAUCCUGACGAAUUAGGCUUUGACGACCUGUUCGGGAAUACAUAUGACCGUAUCAUGGAGAAAAGGUCCAAAGCAGCGCCUGGUGAUGCAGUGCAGGAAGGGAGCUCUCAACCUUCACCUUCCCCGAACGGCAAUCCUUCAAUAGCAUAGACUUGUAAUUUUUGCUUUUUUAUCCUUUGUUCUUCUUGUAUAUUCCGGCUAGUAAUGCCGAAGAAUAAACUAGACUUCUCUCUUUAUCUGUUGAUGUCUUUUUUCUAUUUUUCCUUUGAUUUUUCGUUCACAAACCUUUCUAUCUGGCCGAACAUCACUCGGCUCAUGUAUCUUAAUGUCUGACACCUUUCCCGAGCCCGUUUUGAUCCCUUUUCCGUUCGUGACGCACGGGUUCAAAACUCUUAGCCGAGGUGAAUUCCUCCAAGCCGUUUUUAUCGUGACCACAGGGUAAAACUCUCAGCUGGGACAGGGGCUCCCUCCAAACUGUUAACCCGUUCGUCAUUCGGUCAUCCGGAAUGAUCCCAUGUGUUAACAAGCUGAGGUGAGGCUAUCCCUUCACAAUUGUUCUGACACCUUUCCCAAGCCCGUUUUGAUCCCUUUUCCGUUCGUGAUGCACGGGUUCAAAACUCUUAGCUGAGGUGAAUUCCUCCAAGCCGUUUUGAUCGUGACCACAGGGUCAAACUCUCAGCUGGGACAGGGGCUCCCUCCAAACUGUUAACCCGUUCGUCAUUCGGUCAUCCAGAAUGAUUCCACGCGUUAACAAGCUGAGGUGAGACUAUCUCCCUUCCAAACCCAUAAUUCCGAUGCAUUCCAAACUAUUCUCUCUGGCUCGUAUCAUCCAUAUUAGGGGUCUGAGGUAACCCUUUUCGAACUGUAAGCAAGAUCACCGAAUUGGGUCAUUCCUUACUUAUAGCUAAAAGGGCGACUCGCUUCCGAAUCAAGUUCAUGACUGAGGCGAGCUUUUUCAAAACCAUAGUUCUGAUUCCCUGGGCGACAAUCAGUACCUUAUCCGAACGUCGCUCGGUUAAUCCAUAUCUUACAGUCUUGACACCAUCUCCAAGCAGUUUUGAUCCCUUUGCCCGUACGUAAUUACAGGGUCGACUUUGGCUAAGUUGACGACUCAGCUCCCUCCAAACUGUUAACUCGUUCGUCAUUCGGUCAUCCAGAAUGAUUCCACGCGUUAACAAGCUGAGGUGAGAAUCACUGUCCUCGAACUCCAGGCCAUUUUGAUCCCUUCAUCAAUGCGUA